GGCUUUUUUUCGUUGACAGUAGUAUAAAUAUACAUGUAUGACUGUUUCAUCUAUUAAUGCGUAAUAACUAUUUUCACAUUGCACAUCGAAAAGGAUCAUGGCCACCAGCAUAGCGGUGAAGAUCUUCACUUUAAGUGUGCUCCUUGCAAUAACAACAGCGUUAACUGAUGAUGAAAUAGCACAAGCGGCGUGCGCAGCGAUUGCUCCCAGUGGUUUUGUGUCCGCCGUUCGAAAACCGUGCAAUAGGAAAAGCCCAUCCUGUAACACACUUUGUAGAGAUGCCGCUUGCAGCAUGAGAAAAAUAUAUGGAAAUCAAGGAUCAACAUCGGGAACCUGUUUCCAAACUUUCCAUAUUUACGGCGGUCGUAUUCCUUUGAAAAACUCGGACAUGGGCAAAGCACACAUGGCUAUGCAUAAAUACAGUAAUGGAUGUGGGAGUACCUAUUGCGGUCCUAAUUUCUGUUGUUGUAGAGCAUAACACUUGGUAUUAAAUGU